AUGGCCCGGAAACGAGCAGCCAAGAAGAAGAUUGGUUUCAAGCGCAAGUUUGGUCGUCGAGAAGAAGCCAAGGAAGAAAUAGAGACCAACGAUGAGAUCCCGUAUGAUUGGGCUGAUCAUCGCAAUCACUCCGACCAAAAUACUUCUACUACUAACCAAGCUCUGAACACCAGCUACGAUGCCGGCAUUUCAUCGUCGGCCAUGUCGCCACCAUCAUCGACAUACCCGGCUUCGCCGCAAGCCACCAUUUCUCACGAUGAUCAAUCCAUCUUCUCCCCACCGGCAGCCGAUAUGGCGUCCUAUGACCAACCCACCCAACCCAGGCCCAUUAAUACUCCCUAUUCCAGCAACAGUGAACAAGAAUCACCAAUAAUAGAAGGAGCAGCAAAGAUACGAGCGGGUAUACUAAUAGACGAUGACGACGACGAAUAUCCCUAUGCCUCCGAGUCUUCGUCCACGGGUACGGGUGGGUCCAGCCUAAACUCCAGCCUAAACUCGAGUCCCUAUCGAGCAUCAGCACGACAACCCAAACAUGCCCGACGAAAACGAUCUUCGGCUCUGGCCGCACAAGUGCGAGAUUUGAACAAUCUACUGACCAGUCCCUUGGUGGAUCACUUGGGAGACUUGGCACGAUCCGGCGAGGCGAAUGCCAGUGGCAAUAGUACCAUGAUGGACGAUGAUAUGAGUCAAGAAUGGGAUCAAUUGGCCAAAUCAGAAUCCAUGUUACGGCAUGAAUUGGAAUCCUUUGAAAAUGCCGGGGCGCCUUUGGUGGUCGAUUCUUCCAAUGACAGUGGUGCCGUCAUGAUGUUUCCAAAUAAUACUAACAGUGACAAUCCACAAGGAGACAGUUUUGCUGCUUCGUCAGUACCACCCGCCAUGGCACGGCAACGGCUGGAUCCCACGGCAUCACCCUUGAAUCCCUAUGCUCUAUUCCCCCAACAAAAAUCCAUGAACAACAACGAAAGUAGUCUCAAAACCUCUGCCGAAGUCAGCAGCUUGUCCUUGAACUCUCUGAACAGUCCACUACGCUUUGUCAAUCGAUAUCAAGAAAGUGACGCAGAGGCAGAACAAAUACUCCAAGCAGCAUUGUCCGGGUUUGACGAAAUAUCCGCUGUACACAGCCUCGAUGAUACCAUGCUUUCCGCGGCAUCGUCGUCCGGUGUGGCAUCCUCCUCCCCCACCAAAAAUAUUCAGGCAGCUCUGCAAAUUGCAGCACGGAAACACAACAACGACAGCAGUCGGGCAAGUAGUAGCACCGGUAGCAGCAACACUUCUACGGGCAUGCCGAGGGAAAGUCGCCUGGAAACGGCCCUACAAAUUGCAGCUUCCAAAUGCAACAACAAUAAUGACCAAAAUACGGAUGCUGCUACCAAUGCUGCUACUCAUGCGAGCAAAGACAACUUGGACAGACUCAGGGCUUACUCUAUACUCAGCAGCCCCAACAGUUACAAUGAAGAAGUUUCGCCUGAAGAUGAAGAGCAUAUGUUGGCUUUGAAUCAGCAGGGAAGUGGCAGCAGUGGAAGCAGUGCCACCACACCCAUGUCCAACAGACGUCUCAAUAAUGGGGGAGCAGCGGGGGAUGUCCGGGAGGGAAAUUAUAACACAACAAACCCAAACAACAGGAGUGGCAAUAAUAUGUCUACCGGAGAACAACAGGGAGAGGGUGAAACCAGGACGUAUCACGGCGGGGCCGUCAAUGAGAAGUCGUUUUCACCGGGAGAACUUGACGACGAACAUGGUGCCUUGAUCAGGAGGUGGAGCAGUUUGGAUAGCUCGGGAGACUUUGUGGAUCCAGAAAUCAGUCGGCUGGUGCAUGCGGUAGACGAACAACUGGAGCAAACUUCGUCGCUGACGUCUCAGACGGCCACCACAGUGCAGACGGGAAAUGGGUUUAGUCAGGCCACCCGCAGUGCCAGCAAAAACAGCCACCAAUCUCCAGCCCUCUCAGAGGGAAUCUUGCAGGUCAAGAGUGGAGACGAAGAAGAAACAGCAAAGCAAAGGCAGUAUCACUUUAAGAGUGCGGGUGAAGGGGGCGGAUUCGUCGUUGGAACCAUUGGCUCAUCGGAAUUCGAAGAUGAAUCGGAUGCAGAUGAUAACUUGCGUCGUGAGAUGGAUCUACUUGAAACAUCGGAGCGGAUGUGCUGCCAAGCUCUGGACGAAUCAAUGGAAGAAUACUCUCCCUCCAAAAGUCAAAAAGUCCACACAUCCCCAAGGCGAUCGAACCAAAGAGAACCACCACCCACUCUUUUGGCAUCGUCGGGGACACCCAGAACACCGGGAGAAUCGAAUGGAGAAGGCGACAGCCACAAUGGCAUUGACGUACAAUCAAGCGCAAUCCUACUCUCUGCGACGUCGACCACUACUCUGACACCCAAAUCUCCACCUCACUUGACUACAGAUAUACUCUACGAGAACACGUCAGCAUUGCCGAACAUAGCUCAACCCGUCGCAAUGCUGCCCCGUCCAAGCGCUUUCCGUUCCUCAAUAUUUUCAGCUCUUUUAAAACCAUUUCGGAAAGAACACCCAGAUUCGACAACACCUGUUACGAUGGCAAUGACAAAUUCGACGAAUGACGACCAUGACCUUGCCUACUACCAUUCAAGAGACCCAGAGCCUCAAAUGAUCGAAUCAGCAACGUCACCCGGUGAAGCGGCAAGCCCCACCAGCUCCUCUAGCGUUGAGAGUGCACCCAGUGGUGCACUUGCCGUGAACAUGAAGCGGAGCACAGACACAAUCAGCACUAUUACAAACGUCCCAUCGUCGAUCACAAGCAAGUCUGGGAAGCAAAAUUUGUCAGGUGCCACGCCCAAAUCUCGUGCUGCCAAUGACGAUCAACGCGUAAUGUCAAGCAAAAAGAGUGUGACACAGGACGAAUCUCCCCAUACUCGCGGGACCUCAUCGUCGCGGCUUCAUUUGGAGGAAGGUCAAGCGACAAAUCGAUCAACCAAAAAACCUGAAGAUAGCGAUCAAAGUGUCGCAACCAGCACAACCACGCCAAUACGGAAAGGCAAAGGAAUGAUCGACAUCAGUCCAACAGCGACGGCUAGUACAACGGCAGCACUCAGCCGUUUGGUUCGUACCCCAUCGUACGGUAGCGCAGAGGGCAAGCAAUCGAGCUCCCUAGCACCUUACCAAUUUGUCGAGGAUACGUGUUCCUUUGAUUCUGUACCACUGGUGCCUUUGGCUCCUGAAGAAACCCGAAGAAGUGUGCAUUUUAGUCCCGAAGCAAAAUUCCAAAAAAUAAAGUACGAAAGAUUGAGAGACGACAAUGACGACGUUCCAUCGCAAGGCGACGUGGCCGAUGGGACCGACCUGUUUCCGAUUUCCCAGAAGCAAUUGGAAGGGCGUCGUCAGAAGCCGUCCAAGAGCCAAUCGGAACGUCUGCACGAAAAGAACAAGCCAUCGGACAACCAGACAAGGAAGAAAACAAGUAGCAAUGGCAGCAAGAGCGAAAAACCGAAAGACACCCAGCUACGGAAGAAAGCGAACAGUAAGGGCGAACAGCCCAAGCAGAAGCAGCCCGUCACUCCGACGAGGAGGAAAUCAAGUAGCAAUGACAGCAUGGGCAAAGGCAAAGAAAAGCCCAAGGACAAACAGGAGUUGUCGUUUUCACCAAGUCGUCGAAUGAAGAAACAGAAGGAUUCAACAAGCGACAAGUCACCGGCUUCAGUUGGUGGGGGGGCAACAUACUCCCUGCUGUCAGUCGACUCGGAAUCCCAAGAUGGAGUAAAACGACCAAGUCUUUCUUUCUCACCCAGUCGUCGGAUCAAGAAGAAGCGGUCCUCAAACGAGAAGUCUUCGUCCUCCGUGAAGUCCGCGGACGCACGAAUGAUGACAUCUAGAGCGAGUCGAAACAGAGAGUCGCUCCUGGCCCUCAAUUCGGAUUUACCUGAUGGUGGAGAUUUCAGCCCGCUGGUGCCCGACGAGGAUGGCAAACCUCGAAACGCCAAAGCAAAAGCAGGCUCGAAAAAGCAGUCCAAAACAGACGUGUUGUCUGUUAGCCCAAGCCCUUCCAAUGACGGGUCAGAAUCUUCAGAAUCUCCUAAUAUUGUGGACGUCGAAGAUCCUCAUUCCAGCAAAGGUCUUCUCGAUGGCGAAGACAAAAGUCCCCCGAAAGACAAGGACACAGCGCUGAGACGACGAUGCCUUUGUUUUACAAUUAGCAUCCUUUGGAUUGCACUCCUUGGAUUGUUCGUUGGGCUUUCGUUGGCUUGGAUCCGGUCGCGUGGUGGUUCAUCCGACAAACUCACCGAAAUCUACCCCGAGCCGGGAACCGAAGCCUUUGGAGACACGGGCGAGGGUCCCUUGGCACCACCGCCACCAGCAUCACCUCCACCACUGCAACCUCCUGCGCCUCUACCUGGUUUGUUCUCACCGCCGUCUCCCACUGGAUCGUCAGAACCAGGCUCGCAGAUUUUUAUGACGGCAGCGCCAUCUCCGUCGAGCCCGACCACGAGUCCACAACCAACUGCCAACUCAUCAUCACUGCCUCCUAUUGUCUAUCCAGACGGCGAUGAAUUGACUAUGACCAAUGAGACUUUGGACCUAAUCAAUCUUUUGAUCACAAGCUCCGUGGAUCGAGGAGCAGCUUUGCUGGAUCGGUCAACUCCAGAGUUUGCUUCUCUUGUUUGGCUAUCUGACAACGUAUUCUUGGAUACUUAUUCCGAUAAGCAAAAGGUGCAACGCUUCGUUCUUGGUACCGUGUACUACAGCAUGGGCGGAAAGGACUGGACUGAAAACGAAUACUGGAUGACCGAUAUUGACGAGUGUCGGUGGUAUUCAAGGCGUCGCAGGUUCCCUGCUUGUAACAAGGACGGGGAUUAUAUCAACCUUGAGCUUGCCUACCUGGACGUUAGUGGCACAAUUCCCAAGGCGCUUGGGAUGCUUUCAAACUCCUUGGAGAGGCUUGACAUUGAAGGUGGGCCAACGACAUUCGUUAGCGGUACCAUCCCUUCCGAGCUGGGCUAUCUAUCGUUAAUGAGAGAAUUCCGAAUGAGAGACAAUCGUCUCUCCGGAGAAUUGCCCAGCGAACUCCGCCGAUGGACCUUCUUGGAAACCCUGGAUUUAAAAGGGAACAAUUUGCGGGGCACUCUCCCUUUCGACCAUCCGUUUUGGCCAUCAUUGACGGAUGUUGAUCUUGGGGAGAAUUUCUUGGUGGGUAGUAUCCCAACCGGAAUUGGCCGACAGGAUAUGCUCACAAAACUGUUCUUGCAAGACAACUUACUGGAUGGCCCAGUACCAUCCGAGAUUGGAAAGCUCUACAAUCUCAAAGACAUGUAUUUGGACCAGAACAACCUAAAAACAUUGCCAUCGGAGAUCGGUCUCCUCCACCAACUCCAAGACUUGAGGAUGGCAGCGAACAGCCUGAAUAACGCAAUACCCACAGAGAUUGGUCUCUUGACUCGGCUUCGCACCGUGUCUCUCACUUUCAAUGCAUUGACAGGCAGUAUCCCAACAGAGAUUGGCCUUUUGAAAGGCUUGCGAGAUCGUAUUGACUUGUCUUUCAAUAAGCUAUCUGGGACAGUCCCUUCCGAAAUUGGCGAACUAACUAGAAUGAAACAUUUGCUCUUGCACUCCAACCAACUUUCGGGAGAGCUUCCAUCGGAAAUUGGCGAAUUGGACAGACUCAACACGCUUCGAAUCGACCAAAACAACAUGAUGGGCGCAGUCUCGGACGACAUUUGCGCCGUGUUCAACACUACGCUACCGUACUUUUACGCGGACUGCAAAGAAAUCGAUUGCCCCUGUUGUAUCUUUUGCUGCGUAGAUACGGAUGGCUGUUCUUGUCGAUUCGAAAGCACCUUUGACCAAUAUCUGUGCUACUGA